ACUGGCUGAUGGCCGCUGUCCCCUCUCACUGUCACAAUGGUAUCACCCGCUGGGAGGCUUAACGCAACGGUACCGGUGGCUGUGAAGGAAGUGCGCCCCCUAAUGGCGACGUGUGCAAAAGCAGGUUUAUUCUUGUAACACAGCUGACAGUAAGCGGCGUGUGUGUAUGAUAUAAGUGGGCAGCGCUUAGUACGUGACUGAGGGGUUACUCAGGGAGAAGGGAGACAGUGAUACCCGGGCAGGAGCGGAGUCACUGAAGUAAGGCAGAGACCAUGAUGUGUGUAGUCCUCCGUGGCACAGAGGGCGCUGCGACACCGCUGAGUACAGAGUGGUGGCUGGGGGGCGGCGCCUGUCACCACAGAGACACAGCACAGCAAUAACGUCUGUGUAUGUACGCAGCGGGUACCGGGCAGCAGCAGCAGCAGCAGCUGGAGGAGACGAGGAGCGUUUCCAAAAUGGUGGAAGAAUUAGACCUUUUUAUUGAAGCUCAAAGGGCAAAGCUUGCAAAAGACAAGGCUGAACUGGAAAAGGACCCCCCAUACAUGGAAAUCAGGAGCAAGAGAUUUGAGGAUGCGCAUGAUGUAGACCAACCAAGGACCUAUGCCUCCAAGGAAAACAUCCCCCCAAACAGGCAAAUGCAAAGAGAUGCAGUAUCGAUGAAGCCAACUGGAGACAUUAGCUAUGGUCUGAGCUUGCCUCUUGGAGAAGAUUACGAGCGGAAAAAGCAUAAACUGAAGGAAGAAUUACGCCAAGAUUAUCGUAGAUACAUCAGUCAGGGAAAUGAUCAGGCCAAACGAAAGAAACAUGUGACAACUACAGGAGAGGUUAACCCAGCUACUCACGGAAUGUCACUCCCCAUUGGUGAGAGGCUGUCAGCCAAGGACAAGCUACGUCUUGAGAGAAACAGAGAAUACAACCAGUUCCUCAGGAUGAAGGAGGAGGAGCAGGACAUGGUCAGGCGAGCAGCAGCUACUGAAGCAGCACAGUAUACCCAGCGUGAUAAAACGCACAACAGAGUAAAGCCAGAGCAAUACGCACCAGCCCCUGUGUCAUAUAGAGAGCAAGAUGUUCCUAAGAGAGAUGCUUACAGCUCCAUGGAGGCCUACGAGCAGCUACUCAAUAAAAGACGAUCUGAAGCCGAGAAACAUUAUAGAAGAGAUGGCCAGACUGUAAGUGAGGAUCCGUUUGUCAGGAAGCCCGGUGUAGAAACCACUGUUUUAAAUAAAAAGCUGUGGAGAGACGUGGACACUGACGUGAUUGAUCGGCCCCACCACAAUGCCGCAGAUUGGGAGUUAGAACGAAUACCCCUCAGACUUAGUUUAGCUAAUGAUGACGAUGAAAAUGCAAGCCGUAUAUAUACAAAGAAGUACAAUACAGAUGUACAAGACAGAAGGCCGCUGAGGAAUAACCUGCCACACGAAAGAGUCUUACCUCCGCGUGGUGAUCUGGCGAGCCAUGAUUAUCAACCAGAUCAAGCCUCUUAUUUCCAGAUGGAAAGGAGUGAUCACAGGCCCGACAGAGGCAGGAGAAUUAGAGAACCUCCCGUGGAUUAUGAAGAUGAUUUCCGAGAACCAUCAAAUCGAAGACCAAUUAGUUCAAUUUCAAGGAGCAGACCAAAAAUGGAUAUCCCAGUUCAACCCCCAGAGCGCUCAAAAUCUGCAAAUGUGAAGGAUGAAAACUUUUCCACUAGCCUUUUGCUUGGUGGAGAAGAGAAAGGUGAUGCCCAGAAAAGAAGGAAAGAGAAUUAUAGACAGGAACUAAUGGAGCAAAUGGCGGAACAGCAGAGAAACAAAAGACGAGAGAAAGAACUGGAACUGAAGGUUGCAGCAUCUGGGGCAAUAGAUCCUGAGAAGCAGCCUGACAGAUUGAGACAAUUUGGGGCUAUAAAUCGCCAACAGGAAAUGACUGAUAGAAAUGUACCUUAUCGACCUGGAAUACUCCUGGACCCACAGAAGACCAGUAGGAGGGUCGAAAAUAAACCUGUAACUGAGGAGAGGGCUCCCCCCGAAAGACCAAGAGUUGCUUUCCAGACCCCUCUCCCUGAGCCAGCUCUUCCAGGAAACGGCUUUUCUGCAGCUCUCAAUGCGGCACAUGACGAAUAUCACCGGGGAUUAUCCAGCGCUCUCGGGGAAAUAGUCGCUCCCAGGCUUGCGGUUGUACCUCCACCUAACCCACCAGUCUUGGCCGACAAUUACCGGACGCCCUAUGAUGAUGCUUAUUACUACUAUGGUGCUCGAAACCCACUGGAUCCAAACCUUGCAUACUAUCCUCCAGGCAUGUUGAGUGUGCAGACUGGCCCAGGAGUUGGCAUACCUGCUAUGCAUAGCAUCCAGACUUAUCCUGAAAAUUACACUGUUGACAAUAAGCAGAAAGCAGGCGGUGGAAGAGGAGCCAGUUUAGGAGCAUUCCCAGAAGAAAGACCCCGGCAGACCCGAGAUGCUGUUCUUUCCUACCAGGAGCAGUUGGAACAACAGAUAAGGGAGACGAAUGAGAGGCGCAGAAAGGAGAAAGAAGAGCGAGAACGAAUUGACGCUAAAUUGGAAGCUGAUGUGAAGAAUUAUAAUCCCUGGGGUAAAGGAGGAGGAGGAGCUCCACUCAGAGAUACAAAGGGAAAUCUGAUCACUGACCUCAAGCGAAUGCAUAAACAGAAUGAGGAAGUGACCCAGAACCCAGAAGACAAGCGGGCAGUGUUGGCGAUGGACACCAGUCUAGCUGAUAAUACAACACCCGCUGGCAAAAUACCUGGGUUUUCAUUUGCAAAUAACUCCCAGUUUGCAAGUGGCAGUGUGAUUUCUCCAAAUGACCAACAAGUGCAACAGCAGGAAUCCUACAAGAACUUCCUACGCCAGCAGAUUGAAGAGAAAAGACGCAAAGAGGAAGAAGAGCGUGAACGAAUCCGUCUGGAAGAAGAGAGAGAAGAAAAGCGCCUUGCUGAACAGAGGGCCAAACUUCAGCAAGAGUAUUUGGAGGAGAAAAAUAAGAAGAAACUUAAGGAGGAAGAACAACAGCAAAAAAACGAGGAGCUGGUGCGCUUGGCCAGUGAGAGGCGUAAGGAAGCUGAGAGGAAGAUGAGAGAGGAGGAAGCAAAACACGAGGAGGAGCUGAAACGUUUUCACGAGAAAGAAAAAGCAGCAGCUCCUGUGGUUAUGGAACAGGAGAGGUCUCCAAGGCCGCCAUCGCCUGUGAUACCGGCAUUACAACAUAAGCUGUCUACGCGAACACAGAGACCACCGACUGCAGAGAGUGAAGUAUCCAUCGAGUCACGUGGCGAACCGCGUUCCCGGACAGUUUCUCCUCCAGUUCCCGCUAGAAGGAAUCAGCUAAGAGCUUAUGAUGAAAAGAAGAAUGUGAUCAGUGAGCUGUCUGAGCUGAGGAAGCAGCUGCGAAGUGAGCAGAGACGAUUAGAGAGUCGCUUACAAGAUGCAGAUAGAGAUGAAUCAUUGCCCUCCAUGAGCGGAAGGAAGCGGGGGAAGAACUCAGCGGAUGUUUUUGAGAUGGCCAGACAGCGGCUACAAGCUACUGUAAGAAGACCCUCAUUAAAAGGGAUAGAAAAUGUGAAUAUGCAGAACAUCAGAGAGUUCAAUGACCUUAAGUACAGGGAUACAGAUACUCGUGAAGGAGUGAGGUAUAUGUAUCCUGAUCCUCCGAAGGAUGAUCAAACACUAGAGAUCCAGCAGCAGGCGUUGCUGAGGGAGCAGCUGAGGAACCUGAAUAAGAUGAAAAGGAGAACAGCAAUGCCUGAUGAUACAGAUAAUAGUGAGGGUGUGAGGUAUAUAUAUCCUGAUCCUCAGAAAGAUGGUCAGCCACUAGAGAUCCAGCAGCAGGCAUUGCUGAGGGAGCAGCUGAAGAACCUGAAUAAGAUGAAAAGGAGAACCGUGUUACCGGAUGAUCUUGAACCAGUCCCUACGCAUGGUCUUCAACACCCUGGGAGGCUGAAGGAUCCCUUGAACACGUCUAUGCUGGAGUCAGAGAGUACUUUUAUAGGAGAAGAUGGAGAACCAUAUACUGCCAUCGCUGAGCCAUUGCCUUCAGCCAGAGAGCGCAGGAGACACAAGCACAAUGCCUUGGACUUUGAUAAUGAAAUUUCUCCUGUGCCUCCCUUACCCUUACAUCAGCCGGACCGUUUCUCCGUGAACUCGGCCUCUAGCUUCAAUGUUGAUGAACUGCAGACAAGGAACGAGGAGCGACUUAGAAGGCUAAAUAACCUCCAGAAAAGCAGAGUGAGCAUAGAUGAUUCAGAUGGCUUUGGAAAUGCAGAAGACAUCUUGCAACAGUACCCUACAAAAGCUAACGAGAGACCUCAUUCGGUGGAUACGGUGGCGACCGAACCAUGGAUGCGCCCUGGCACAUCGGAAACACUCAAAAGGUUCAUGGCUGGACAGACGAGCCAGGAUAGACUGACUAAUGACAAUGCCUUAACCUUUAACUGGCAGGGCCUGUCCACCGCGCAUGGCUAAUGGUCAGUAGUGUAAGCGGUGAUCUGAGACAUUUUAACCUUUACAUUUCCCAAAAUGAGCUAUUACUCUGUCUUUUGGGAGGACGAGAAGAAAAGCACAAUUGUUACUUUAGCAUUUCCAUCUCCUGUCUCAGAUCUCACCACUUAGCACAGACCUGACUGUGCCUUUCUGUCUUAAUAGAGGAGGUUGAAUGUUGAUCACUAAAGCACUUUCCUUUUAUUGUUGCUUAUAAUGAAUGUAGCAGAAAAAAUAUAUUUCAAAUAAAAAUGAAGUUGAUAGCUAUUUUUGUGAAGUGAGUUUCAGGAGAAAAACUAGACAAUGAACCUUUUUAAGUUUUUUCCAGAGUGUUCUGAUUUUCCGCCUUUGUUCUUGUUACCCUCUGUUGCUGCUACAGAGCAUGCACAGCUCGGAGCAGAAGCAUGACAACUGAUCCUUACUGUCCUGUAACUAGUGGGAAUGGAGUAUGUAACUGUAACAUGUAAAGUGCUCCUACAGGCACCAGAUCUGUGUGUAGACCUAUAGUAUAUCUGCUAGAGCAGCAUGUGUGAGCCAUGAGCUGUGUGCUUCUCUCUAUCUACAUCUGGGUGCUGUCUGACAACUACCUUGAUGGAGCCUAUAAGUUGUACCAUGACCGUAAUAUAGCAGUGGCAGCUAUUCUGAUUCUCAUGAACAUUAAUUCAUCCCGCAAUUUGCUAGGAGACGUAUCACAAAAGCCUUAGGUGGUCAUUCCGAGUUAAUCGCUCGCUAGCAGUUUUUAGCAACCGUGCAAACGCUAUGCCGCCGCCCACUGGGAGUGUAUUAGCAGAAGUGCGAACGAAGGGAUCGCAGAGCGGCUACAAAGUUUUUUUUUGUGCAGUUUCAGAGAAGCUCAAAACCUACUCAGCGCUUGUGAUCACUUCAGACUGUUCAGUUCCUGUUUUGACGUCACAAACACACCCUGCGUUCGCCCAGCCACGCCUGCGUUUUUCCGAACACUCCAUGAAAACGGCCAGUUGACACCCAGAAACGCCCACUUCAUGUCAAUCACUCUGCGGCCACCAGCGACUGAAAUGCAUCGCUAUACCCUGUGUGAAACUACAUCGUUCGUUGUAAUAGUACGACGCACGUGCGCAUUGCGCCGCAUGUGCAGAAGUGCCGAUUUUUAGCUUCAUCGCUGCACAGCGAACAAAUGCAGCUAGCGAUCAACUUGGAAUGACCACCCUAGUUCCCACUGAGUGCAUAGGCAUUGCUGGGAGUUAUAGUGCGACACAACCUGGAGAACCACUGGCUGCACACCUCUCAGCAGUAUUGUAUUUUGAUUGCAGGUCCAGAUGCCACAUACUUAAAAUGCAGUGGGACACACAUCUGACUAUAUAUUGCCUCCAAAAUUCUGUAGGAAAUGUUUUAUCAAUUCAGAUAUCAGCCGGACCAGGGUGUGUUCACCAGUCUCUGGUGCAAGACUGUCUCCCAGAUUACUCAUAGGCUAAUACCAGCUUUAUGGUGAUAAUUUAUUUAUUUAUGUACAAACAUGUUUCACAAUUUGUUUUAUUUUUUUGUUGUGCACUGAAACAAUUUGUUUUUUACUGUUUUCUUUUUUAUGUGGACUCUAAAGGAUGUUGUAAUGAAGUACAUUUUCUAACGUAAUAAAAUAUAUUUUAUUAACUUGAAA